AUGCCCGAUUUUCUCCGAAGCGUCCCAGUGAGCUCUCUUCGCUCUACUGCCCUCCACGGACCGUCGACCAUGCCUGCGUUUCCUGGUCUUCGGCACUUCUCGCAACAUACUCUGACCCGUACGCCGACGAUCAAGACUCCAGUCAGAGCUGCUCCGGCAUAUGCGCCUCGUCCUUCUGCACGCCUAGCUCACUCCCGCAUCGUCUCUGCCUUCGGUUUUGGUGGUCCCCCGAAGAACAACAGUCAUGUUGCGGUACAGAGACGUAUGUUCUCAAGCACGUUCCAGCCCGCCAAUCAGAAUCAAUUGGCCCACGCGGAACGGACUGCGAACAACAACCCAACGAGCGCCACCGCGCAGCAAGCUUUCUAUUCUGCACUUCUCCGAGCCAAUAUGCCUAAGAUCGUAAUUGAGCGAUACCAGACCGGACGAUAUGCUACCAAUCCCGCCACCGAUGCAUCGUACCUCAAAGCACUUCAGACAACCGGCACGGUGCCGCCGCCAGGUGCUCCUGGUAUGCCACAGAAUGGAAGUAGUCUGAGCCAAGAGACUCUCGAGGCGGUAGGCCAUGCUGUUGCUGGACGCAAUUUCCCUGGAUCGACAAUCAAGCCAGGAUCGAAAGCUGGUACGGGCGCAAAAGAAGCACCGCUCUACGUUGUCAUCGAUGAGCCUUGGGGUACUUCUGUCUUCCGUUGGGUCAAGUUUAUCGUCAUUGCGGCCAUCGUGGUCUACUUUGGCAUCGUCAUCCUCACCAUGUUGGUCGAAUUCGCGGGUAGCUUCCGGACUAGGGUCGGCCAGAACAACGAAGUCCAGGCUCAACAGCAAACUGUUCGCUUCAACGAUGUUCAUGGCUGUGAUGAAGCCAAGGAGGAGCUGCAAGAGUUGGUCGAGUUCUUGACGAGCCCAGACAAGUUUAACCAGCUCGGUGGCAAGCUUCCUAAGGGUGUCCUGCUUGUUGGUCCUCCAGGUACUGGAAAGACGAUGCUCGCGCGUGCUGUGGCCGGCGAAGCGGGCUGCCCUGUCUUCUACAUGUCAGGCUCAGAGUUCGACGAGUUGUACGUUGGUGUUGGAGCGAAGCGAGUCAGGGAUCUGUUCCAGCAGGCCCGGACCAAAGCUCCUGCAAUCAUCUUUAUCGACGAAUUGGACGCUGUCGGUGGCAAGCGUAAUGCGCGAGAUCCGGCGUACGCCAAGCAGACACUUAAUCAGCUUCUCACCGAACUUGAUGGUUUCAGUCCAAGCACUGGUGUUAUCCUCAUCGCGGCCACCAACUAUCCAGAGGCUUUGGAUCCGGCUCUAACGCGACCAGGACGUUUUGACCGACAUGUGAACGUUCCUCUCCCGGAUGUCCGAGGCCGAAUUCAGAUUCUCAAACACCACAUGAAGAAUGUACCCAUCACAGGUGACGUUGACGCCACGAAUCUGGCGCGUGCCACCAGUGGCAUGUCCGGUGCGGACCUGGAAAAUCUCGUUAACCAAGCCGCUGUACGUGCAUCUCGCUUGAGGUACAAGAAGGUCACCAGUGACUGCUUCGAAUGGGCCAAGGACAAGAUCAUGAUGGGUGCUGAGGCAAGGUCUCGAGUCAUGAGAGACAAAGACAAGAUCAUGACAGCCUACCACGAAGCCGGUCAUGCAUUGGUCAACCUUUUCACUCCCGGGAGCAAUCAACUAUACAAAAUGACGAUCAUUCCCCGUGGACGAGCCCUUGGUGUGACGCAUUCUCUCCCUGAGAUGGAUGCCGUCAGCCAGGGAUACGAUCAGUACCUUGCCCACAUUGCUGUUGCAAUGGGUGGACGAGCUGCAGAGGAAAAGAUCUAUGGUCCUGACAAGGUAUCUAGCGGCAUUUCUUCUGACGUGUCUUCGGCCACCAAGGUGGCCUUCGCACUGGUCACACAAUUCGGCUACUCACCCAAACUUGGCAACGUCGACCUGGCUAGCGAGUACAAUAGUCUAUCCAGCGAGACCAAGCAAGAGAUUGAACGAGAAGUACGACGGAUCGUCGAGGAAGGAAGACAACGGGCCGACAGAAUCAUCUCGGAGAAGCACAAGGAGCUUGAGGCGCUGAAAGAUGCUCUGAUAGAAUUCGAGACGCUGGACCGAGAUGAGAUUAUGAAGAUCAUGAAGGGAGAAAAGUUGCAACGGAUACAGCCCGAAUUGCGGGAAGAAACAAACAACGACAAUGGCGGGCGGCCUAACAAGCCUCAGGAAGAGGAGAAGAAAAAGAAGACCAGUCCUUCGAAAGGAGGCGUGGGCAUCAAACUCCCAGAAGUGCUCACAUUACCGCCCGGUGCCAAAGGGCCCGAGAAUGCUCGGUCGGACAGGGGCGACUGA